ACGCACACACACACACACACACACACGCGCACACACUUGCUGUAUUAGAUAAUGCCCAAUCAGGCUUUCCAGCUAGUGUCAAUGCUGUUUACUUGCUACAUCAAGUCCCUGCCAAAUAAACCAUGUUUCCCAAAGCCACCUCCACUGAGCUGACAUUCCGUUGAUCAUACAUACGCUCAACCAAACAACAGAUUUGGCUAAAACCACCAAUCGAUAUUUUAUUGGCACUCAAAUGGAAAUCGCACACUAGCAAACCAUGCAGACUCUUAAAGCUGGUUGGACAAUCAAUCCCGGGACACUUCAAAGCUGCCCCUGCUAUACAUGACUUUAUACUUUACAUUAUUGUUAAUGUCACGUCUCUAAAAAUAUUGAUGUCAAACGACGUGGCGUGCUUGAAGUGAAUGAGCAAACUGGCAUAGGGCCCAUGUUCUGAAGAGGUGUGCAGGUCAGAUUGUCGGCCAGAUCAGAUAGGGCAGGAAGUGGAGCAGGACUCUGCAACCACGGAGAAGAUAGAGGAAUCGUUGGCUGACUGCUCCUGCUCGGACAGCAGACGGGUGGCAGCAGAUGAGCACGCACUGUGCAGGAUCAGAAGCUCCUCCCCCCCAGCACGGUCGGGACAUUCGGAAGAACCCGUCUUAAAGUUCACAAUUAAGAGAAAGGGAGGGAAUGGGGGAGACACAUAGAAAUUAAUUCUAAUUCCUGUUCAUAUUUAUUUAAUUAUCAGCUGCUAUCAUCCCUGGGAUUAUUUAUUUAACCAUUGAGGUUUUUAGGGAGACAUCUAUAUUGCAGAUUAUUAAGGUAUUUGAUUGGUUUACACUAAUAGACGCCAUAUAGCCUAAUAGACGCCGUAUAGAUUAAUAGACGCCGUUUACACUAAUAGACGUCGUUGGCAAAACAGCAGGCAGAUGGCUGUAAGUCAGGCAUCCCUUCCUUCCUUCAGUUCAUUCUCAAACUUUUUCAGCUCGUCUGAAGACAUGAAGGAGAAAAAGCCGACCUUUGAGAUCCACAGCAGCCACCAGCACGACUCUGCACAAACCCUCAGUGCAGAGCAACCGGAUGAAGACAAUGGGCCUUGCUGGGACGUGGAGUUCCUGAUGUCUGGCUGGGGUGACUCAUCUCCUGAGUUUAACCCCCCUGUGGAUUACAGCUUCCAGCGGCUCGCGCCCCCAGAACAGGGUGGACCGUAUCAAGCGGGCGAACUAGAGGUAGCAGGUCUGAGGGAACAGAUUGCAGCAGAUAGACACCAUGUAAACAGUGGUGGCUUUAUGGCUGAUCUGCUCUCACCCGCAGAACAGCUCAGUUCUGUUUUGCCAGAGCCCUAUGGCAGAAGAUAUGGGGCCCAAGCACACGGAAAGCCACAGUAUUCAUUGCAAUCCCCUUUGGAUGAAACUCCCUUCUCUAUGGGGACUAAACCAGAUAGAUACAGUGAAACUGGAACCAUCAACCUGUCUAAGGGGAGAUUAAGGGACUUUGGAUUCUGUAACCCCCGUCCUGCCCCCGCCUUGUCCUUCUCUGACUCACAGCUCCUUCAGAUGACGACUAUCGAUGCUGAAACGCCACGGACGCCCCCUCGUCACUACAGCCAUGUCCCAGGCUAUCCCCAGCUGAGAGGGUACUCCAGUCAAAGUAUUCACAGCCACUAUCACACGGCCGGCCUUUUCCCUCCUGCACAAACACUCCUCCAGAGCUGCUCGGGGCCCCCUACAGGCCCGGAGGAGCAGCGCAUCCGAAAGGCAGUCAAGAAGAGAGCAGCUGUACAUAGCUGCAAUUACCCAGGCUGCGAGAAGACUUACACUAAGAGUUCACACCUGAAAGCGCACCUUCGCACUCACACAGGGGAGAAGCCGUACCACUGCACCUGGGAGGGCUGCGGCUGGAAGUUUGCCCGCUCGGACGAGCUGACGCGGCACUACCGCAAGCACACGGGCCAGAAGCCGUACGAGUGCAUACUGUGCCAGCGUGCCUUCUCCCGCUCAGACCACCUGGCACUGCACAUGAAGAGGCAUGUCUGAGGGCACGCGGGCACCGAGUGGGCAGCACGCAUGCAGAAGGAGCAACACUACAGACACACACACAUGUACACACACACACAUAUUCACAAACACACACGCACUCAGGAACCUAACCUCACGCAAACAUACACAGGCAUCUGCACAGCUAUUUUCGUGGGGACUUGACUGACUGCCAUAUUACUGUAAUUAACAGUCUCUAAUAUUCAGCAAGCAAAACUCAAAAACAAAAAAAAAUAUCAAAAGUUUUUGUUUGCACUUAACAUAUGAGGUUCUUUCAGUAUUUCUUGUCAAAACAUGACAUGAUUGACAGAUGUCCCCACAAAGUAGCUAAACAUCUGAAGACACACACACACACACACACACACAAACAAAGGCACCACAAAGACACACACAGGAUGGACUCCAUUCCUCAAAAUUUUUUUUAAACUUUUAGCAGACUUUAUUAUACAAAGCGAUGUACAUUGCUAAUUAUUUGAACCAGCGCAGUAUCCUAACCCACCGACUCACAGAAAGACCCCAGAAGUCAGAUGCUAUACUAUCAAAGCGACCCAAGCUCAUGGUUUACAGCAGCAAUGAGGGGCUUCAAACCCACAUAUACAGAGAAUGGAUUAGCAGUCUAUCACCAUAACCACUUCUUCGUCUUGUUCAUACAACUGCAAUCACACCUAGACAGUGUAAAUACAGUUACAUAUGGACUCAUAAAUCCUGCCUGGACAGGUAUGUCUAACUAUACCGGUCGGCUCCAUCUCACAGGCUGUACCAGACACAGCUCGAUGGGAAAGAGACACGAUUACCUUUUCUGUUCUUCGACUCUUACAUUCCUACUUUUGUGGAUGGUUUGUCAUGAAGAGGCAUUUGAGAGACAUCCCUGCCUGGUUACAAAACUGUUCAAAGCGUGAUUAUGUAAAUUACCCCGAAUGCUUACAGAUGUGUUUCAAUGUAACAUAUCACGCCUUCCGUAACAAGCUGACCUUAUAUAAUUCAGUCAAUUGAAUUCUGUCACCCGACAGAAGGGAUCAGGCCAUUCUGCUUAAGACCCCUGUUAAUGUCAACUGCAGUAGGCUUUGGUUCCUCAGUCACAGCCAGGAACACUGGCAGCUCCAAAAAGGUCGCGGGAGAUACACAACGGCUCCAGGGCUGGAGCUCCUUCUGCAUCUGCACAGUCAUUGUCCUGGCACUUCCUCUCUGGAUUCCAGCACAACAGCCGCAUAAACUGUUCAUCAAAGUCUUUAAUGCCUUAGAAUUCUGACUAAAGCUAAAAAUAUUCAAAAGCUAUUUUUAUCAAAUCUAAUUGCAUUUAUCGUUGCUUAUUCUGUCUAAACUGAUCUGUAUAAUGGCAGCUCAAAUUGCUGCAAUUUAUUCAAAUUAAACACAUGAGAGUGCGCUUUGUGCAAAAUACUAUUUUUAUCAUAUUGUUAGUUUAUUUUGUCCAAAUACUUAAUAACGAUGCUAUUGUAUUUCGUUGUGUGCCUUUGAUGAAGCUGUUCUUUUAAGAAUAAAGAGCCUUUGUCUCUUUGAUGUACACAGUGUAAACUUA